AUGAACAACCCGAUCGUUUCAUGGCUUCUUCUUGCUAUAUCCACAAUCUCCAUCUUCUCCGACGUAGCUAGGGCUUCAACUUCAGCCCAGUGUCUUGGGAUCGACCAGAGAUCACUCUUGCUCGAGCUGAGAAACAACCUCAUCUUCAAUGCCUCCGAGUCUUCCAAGCUAGUACAGUGGGACCGAAGUGCCGAUUCAUGGAGCGGUGUGACGUGCGAGGACGGCCUUGUUGUGGGACUUGAUUUGAGCGUUGAGUCGAUCUCUAGCGGAAUCGACAGUUCGUCAAGUCUCUUCAAACUUGUGUUCCUUCGGAGCCUGAACUUGGCUUUCAACGACUUCAACUACAUGGCAAUUCCAUCGGGCCUCGUGAAUCUCAGCCGCUUGGAACAUCUCAACUUGUCCUUCGCUGGAUUCACUGGGCAGAUUCCUGCUAAGCUAUCUCGCCUGAGGAAGCUACGUACUCUUGAUCUCACUUGCUCUUUCUCUAGUCCAGCUCUGCUAAAACUUGACAAGCCCUCUUUGAGGUCGCUGAUUGGGGAUUUGGGGGAGUUGAGGGAGUUGUACCUUGAUGGGGUCAAUGUGUCUACUGAGGGAAGUGAGUGGUGCGACGCGUUGUCUUCUUCAGUUCCAAAACUUGAGGUGCUGAGCAUGUCGGACUGUUCUCUGUCUGGUCCUAUUGAUGCUUCUCUUAUGAGUCUUGCUAAUCUGUCGGUCAUUCAACUCGGAGGCAACAACUUGUCCACCACAGUUCCUAGUUUCUUAGCAAAUUUCUCUAGCUUGAAAACACUGCACCUAGGUGAUUGCGACCUGCAGGGAGAAUUUCCUCAAAAAGUCUUCCAAGUAAAAACACUUAAAAACCUUGUCCUAUCACGCAAUGAACUCCUUCAGGUAUCUUUGCCCGAUUUUUUGGAGGACAAUUCUCUUGAGACUCUGGUCAUGCCUAGUACCAAUAUCUUAGGGAGGAUACCCGAUUCAAUCGAUAGCUGGGCUUGGUGGGCCAAGUUGAGGGGACAAAGAGAUGAGGAAGAGAUCAUUGGUGGCCCCCUCAGCCUAGCCGAUCCCCUCCUUCUCCUUGCCCGUCGACCACCUUCUAGUGAAGGCCAAGAAGCUUCAAAACUCCAGAGAGAACCGGACCAACAGCCCCUCUUGCCCAUCGAAGCUCGCCGGAGUCCAAUCAGUCGUUGUUGCGCCGCUCACAUCCGCCAGCCGCUGCUUGCUCGCAACCGCGCCCAGCUUGCUGCCGUUUCGAGUUGUUCUGCCGUCCAGCUGCUUGUCUGGCCUCCGUGUAUCACUAUGGUGGUUGCUUGA